AUGGCGGAGGCUGCACCUCCUGGCACAGAAGCCACACCAACAGAAGCGGCAGAGGCCGGGGAAGGCCGCAGUAGAGGCGGCGGAGGAAGAUGGAAGAAACAGCGCCCCUGCAGACAAUUCUUGCAGGAAGGAAAGACCUGUGGCUACUCGCACCCCCUGGAGGAGCACAGGACCCGCGCAGAGUGCAAGUUUUUCCAGCGAGGCUACUGUCAUUAUGGAAACCACUGCAGAUAUAGACAUAGCACGCCAGGGACACCAGACACAGCCAGCCCUACAGACCUCGUGGAGACAGCACCCCUCGCCCGGUUCUCAAGUCUCUCACCUGUCCCCGGACCAAGCUCUGCAAUGAGUCCGGGUGAAGCCAAUGGGAGAAAUUCCAACUCUGCAGCUGGAGGAGAAGACAGGAUAAAGAGCGUUGAGUGUACUCUCUGGCUGGAUCCACCGGGGGCUGCCGCUCUCAACCCUGCGGCCACCGCGCAGGACUCAAUGGCCUGGGAGGAAUCAAAGAAAGAACAAGGAGCGGAGCAGCAUUAUCUCUGUGCUGAGGGUGGAGAGUGCAGCAGUGUGUAUCUCCACAAUGACACAUGUGACCUCUGUGGACUGCAGGUCCUCCAUCCAAGGGAUGCUGCCCAGAGAUCACAGCACGUACGAUCUUGCGUUGAGGCCCACCAGAAGAAAAUCUCACUGGCAAUGGAGCUUAGUAGGGACAAGGUGUGUGGAAUCUGCAUGGAAGUGGUGUUGGCGAAGGCUAACCCCAAGGAUCGAUGCUUUGGGAUUCUACCCAAAUGCAACCACAUCUUCUGUUUCAAGUGUAUUGGCAAGUGGAGGAAGGCCAUACAAUUUUUGAGGUCCAUCAGAAAGUCCUGUCCAACAUGCCGGACCUUAUCUCACUUUAUCGUUCCCAGUGAAUACUGGGUGGAGGAGGAAGAGGAGAAGAUGAAACUCAUUGAGGAAUACAAGAAGAAAAUGAACAACAUUGACUGCAAGUAUUUUAAUAAAGGACGUGGGAAAUGUCCGUAUGGAGCAAGCUGUUUUUACAAGCAUGGGUAUCCUGAUGGCCGAAGAUUGGAGACACAGAAACAGCACAGAGCACCAUUCAGCAGCUUCCUAGCCCUACGAGACUUCUGCCCUCAAAGGUUCAGUUCACAGGACACCUACACGAUAACCAAUGCAGAGGACAGCGACAGUUCUGACAGUUCUGAUUCAGACUCCAUGGAGGAGGAAGGUGCUGACUUAGAACUGGGUGACUUGUCGAUAUCGAUUCUGCAAGAAGAUGAGCAAAUUCAUCCUGUUGACAUUGAAGAUGAGUGGAACAUGUCUUCUCAGGACCUUGAUGACUGACCUGGAUCUUAGUGUCCUGUGAACCGGCACUUUAAGUCUCCGAGGUGGUGCGACAACUUCGGUCUCUUGUUUGUCUAGUUGUACACACAUCAUACUCCUACUGGGUCACCAGAACCAAGUGUUGCUUUGUGGCACUUGUUGCUGUAUUUUGCAUGGUAGGCAAGCCGGGAAAGCACACACAUAAGCUGGAGGCAGAAAUUAAUUGCUGCUCUGGACAUUGACUCCGGAGGGCCGGCAGACUGGAUAUGUGUGGGCAUGAAAGAGGUGCCACCCUGUCUCAUCUGUGUCCGUAGCCUUAUUGGGCAUCCCUGGUAUAUAACAGGUUCAAUCUCAUGUGGGACUUAGAGUUCCAAGCAGUAUAUUGGUAGUUAAUAGAGCAGCACUAGCUGUGUCUAUAUAGAGAAGUGGCAUAGCCACAGAAGCUCCAAAGCUGUCUGAUUAUCCUUGUAUAUUAACACCAAUUGGGUGGUGCAGUUAUAUUUCAUGUCCUACAGUCCCUUAGCCUUCCCAGUCUGGGUACUUUUUGACAAACCUCUGUCCUUACUUGGGGUUUUGAUUGUCAGGAUUGGUGUCUGUUUUUGUGGCCAUUUGCUGCUUUCCAUCCCUGAGCCUUCUGCAGGUGGUUGGCAAUUCUGUUCACAGGUGUUUCUUGUAGUGGAGUAACUUGAAGUAAUAAGUCAGGCAUUUCCACUAGAGGGAAGGGGAUGGUGAUUGAUGAGACGAGGUCUGCAAUCCAGUGGCUAGGAGAAUUUUCUGGCCGGGAGUCUUAACCUUGUGUUUUUAUGCUCUAGUCCCUUGAGUGGAUGGCUCUGUCACGCUCCACCUGCUGGUUCCUUGGGUGCCAUCCAUUUCUAUGCUUGAAGGAGAAAUAAGAAAUCAUUGCAGAGGCCUCUGUAUUUUGCAGCUGCCCUUUUAUAAGAAGCACAUUUUCUAAAUAAAAAGAAACAAAACCCCUCCGAUUCCUAUAAACAAGAUGAGCAAACCAGACAUUGCCUCCUACCUCAUGUGCUGUCCGGUCACUUGGGACAGUGGACUCCAACAUCAACUUGGCCCCCAAGGAAGUAAAUUUCUGACUCCCCUUAGGAGACUUAGUGUGCUCCCAGCUGUGGAAGGAGCUAGGGUUGAUGGGAAACACCUUAGUGAGAAGAGAAUCACCCUGUUAAAACACUGGCAUUUGCUUUGUAAAGAAAUUCCAGAGAGAAAGACUA